AUGGUUCGCGUUACCGACGAUCUGGCCCUCUCGCCUGAUCAUGUCACUCUUUAUCAAGCCGUCGACCCCUUGCUAGGCCAUCUCCCUGUCCUCAUCUUCCACGGCCCCUCGACCACCGCCAACUAUACCCUCAACAGCUCCCGUGUCCAAGUCCAUGUCUUUACACCGGCCGGCUUUCACUGUUUUCCUCGCAUCACCAUCUCGCCCAACUCGGCAUUCUAUAGCGUCGUCCACUUCCUGCCCCGCGAGUUUCAGGGCGACGAGGUCUACCGUGCCCUCGCUUUUGGCCUGUUCAAGUACUUCACCGAGUUGCCGGAAUGCGUCAAGGCAUAUCUAAAGAACCUCUACCCCACGAGGGGCCGGCGUCCGGGCAGCGCACCCGCUCUGUUCAGCGAGCAACAUGCCGCCGAUAUUGUCAAGGAUAUGGUCGCGAGUGACCACACAGCCGACAUCAUUGAAACCCUACAGGAUGCCCUACAGACCCAACACAUCAGCAACCUCGACCUCGACCUCGUGCUCCCGCCCGGAGCUAUCGUUCCACUCCAGCCCGACGAUCUCGAAGACGUUCCCGAUGAUGAAGACGACAUUCUCGACCCAACUCUGCGGCAAUACGGUGGAUACACUCCUCUGGUGAAGUUGUUUGGAGACCCUGUCUUUCUGCCGACUAGUCGUUUGCGGAGGGCACCCUCCAAGCCAUCUGCACUGAACCGCAGCAAAUCCUUCUCCAAGGACCAAAAGGUGGAAUUGCGCAUGAAGCUGGCCGAGUUGGUACACACAGAAGAGCGCUAUGUUGCCAAGGUGAGGGAGUUGGUCAGACAUGUCGCUGCUGACUUCCGAGAGAGCGCCGCGGCACGGCCUCCUGGUAGUCUCAGCCCCUCCGAAGAAGAACUGGAGAGAUUAUUUCCAAAAUCGGCGGAUGGAAUUCUGCAGGUCAAUUCAGCUUUCAUGGAGGAGAUGCGGCGAAUCAUGGACGAAACAGAAGAGGAGGCCACACGGGAUAUGGAGACACCUGGCACAAGCUUCACGGGUUCGAGGCUUGGCCGCACAAGGGACCCCAGUGGUGCCCUGGCGGUUGCGAGGUUGUUUCUGGAAUGGUUUCCCAGGUUUACCGAGUGCUACCAGGAUUAUAUCAAGGCCAGCCAGCACUUUCCCUCGCUGCUCAACUCUUUUCUCGACCAGCAGUCGAGCUUCAAGCAACGGGUUGCUCAGGCUGGUGAGCAGACGAUUCGCUCUAUCCUGAUCGAGCCUGUACAACGACUACCCCGAUACAGCUUGCUGAUAGACCAGAUCGUUGGAUGCAUUCCCAUAACACAUCCUGCUCUGCAACCCAUGCUAAAGGCGCGAGACAUCAUCACAAACAUCUGCUCCAUGGACGAACCCCUACCGGAUAAGCCGCAUGUUGCCAGUCGACUUCGAAAUAUGGUUGAAGCCUGGCCAGCGGAUCUUGAGCCCCAGGGGCGCCUCAUUGUGGCGGCCGAUUUUGUCGAGUUGGCACCUCCCUUCCAGCCCAUGAUGAACCAGUCAGACAAGUCUGGUGUCUUCCUCCUCUUCUCAGAUUGUGUGGUCAUUCUCAAGAAGAUGAGUGGUACCAUGACUGGUCGUGACCUUUUGCGCGAGAUCGAAAAGCCAUCAGCAGCUGGCUUGCUCAUUUCCAUGACCAAUGCAGCAGGCGGUCCAGCAACCUAUGAAUUCGUCUUCACAGGCUGGCACGAACUGUCAGAGGUCAAAUUCACCGAGGCAGCAGAUGGGACGCUUUUCUGGAUGACUUCAACAUCAGAGAUGAGGGGAGUUCACCCUGGCGAGCAUAAGAUCAGCAGUGAGGUCACGUCACGAUGCUUCCUCCUGCAGGAGCUGUACGAGACCAGGGCCGCCAAAUGGGGUGAGGAUGUGGUCAAAGCCCGAGUCGAGGCACGCUUCUCGGAGAAGGAGCGUGAAGAUCCUACAUGGACACUUCGGUCUGCGCGUAUGCCAGAUAGCAACCUAGGCCUACACGCAGCCAUCUUCCAAGAGGGUGCCGACCAACUGAUCGAGGGCCGCAAGGAGCCUGCCCCGAUCCGAGUGGUUGUUGACCAUGACAGGGGCACUAAAGGAGCACCAGUGGGCCAUUAUGGCGUCGAGAUUGUAGUCAACGUUUCGACCAACGACAUGAAGCGAGUCUCGAUGCUCACUGUUGGAUUGAACGGGAGACAGUUCCAGGAUGAUGUGUUCCUGGAGGAUUUCCUGCCCACUAUGUCACGACGAAUCAUCCAACUAUUGAGCACACAGCACAGUGUCUCCAACAUGCAACUAACCGCGCCUCUCGUUUCGUACUACUCCAAAACAUUACAUGGGCUUUCUCUUUGGACCAGGGCUGAGAAGACGAGAUCAUUCUUGGGUACAUCCCCAGUCAAACUUCUCUCCAGCUUUUGGUCCGGCAGCUCUGCUCAUGUUUCUGAUACGGCAAGCAUCGGGUCCAAGCACAAGCAGGUGCCAUCUAUCCACCGCAACAACAGCCAAGCAUCUGUGGUGAGCUCCAUAAAGGGGGGCAAGGACAGUGUGUCUCAAGAGGAAAACCGUCCCGAGAACCCAUUGGUGCGGUUGGAGCAAACAUUCACAGGAUAUGUCGCUGCUUUCCAAUCCCGCAAGGGUCUUAUCGUUGGUCGCACAUUGUUGAACCGCUCCAUGGUUGAUGAACUCUCGGUCAAUGAUUUCUACAACAAACUCAUCGAGAGUCCCUUUGAUUUCGACUCGGUGUCAGAUCUGAGCACAGAAGUCAUAUUUGUGGCCUUUGAGAAGUUCUUGCGCAUCGCUUGGUCUGAGCAAAUGGGCCCAGUCAUGUCGAUGCAGUCUCUUGACACCCUUCAGGCGCGUGUGAACAAGAGAGUCCCUGGAGACUUUGCCGACUUUGUCAACUUUUUGUUUGGGGACAUGGCACCACAAAACCGCCGCGCUUUCACUGCCCUUAUCAAGCUGUUGGCCGAUCUGCUGGACGGGUGCGGCAAUGAUGGUGAUAGGGGUGCCCUGACACUUGCAUUUGCCGAGUUGCUUGUGUAUGAUGGGACGGCACCGAAUUACAUCAACCUGCUGGAUCGCCUCGUGGAGGACUGUGAUCGCAUCUUUGAGGAGCCCGGCUUGAACCACAGCUUCAAUCUUGAUACCACGGCAUAUGAGUCGAUCAAUUCUGCAAUCCGUGGAAAGGCAUACACACCCUCUUUGGUCUCCAACACAUCAUCACUACGGCGCAAGUUUGGAUUCGACACUCUGUUACGACAGAAUAGCAAGGAUGACCGGUCUUCAGUCUGGCGGACGCUCAGCAAACACCGGAACCCCGCCACUGGUGAACCGGCCAGCCUAUCCAAAGCAUCGCUCGGCCGUUCAAGGUCCAUCGAUGACAAUACACUACCCAAGAAACUUCAGCGGAGACCUGGCUCCAAGGAUAACCGUCCGCCCAUAGCAGGGGCGUUUGACGAAGUGCAGAGACCUGGCAGCUCACACCGAACGUUGGAGACGAUUGGAGAACCAGAAACUGAGCGGCCACCACCGCGAUCGCCAAGAAAGAAGCGGCGCAGCUCACUGUCGGAUCUCAAGAGUCUCAUGGCAGCGGCAACACUUGACGACGAUGAGCCUCAGCCACUACAAGAUGCAAAGGAGACGUCGGAGAAGGUCAAUGCGAGCCCCAAGGCGACGACUCCGUCUAGAAUACCAAUGAGUCCCCGUGUGUCUCAGACGAUGCGGCCUUCGAGGCAAAAGGAGAACCUCGGAGAUCCCUUCCCACAGAGUCCACCACCAGAACCCCUGGAAGAGCCAAACAAGUCAAGAUCGCCGACAAAGGGUCAUAGACAUUCCAGGACACUAUCAUCAACCAACAUCCCGACAUUGCGCCCAUAUCGAUCAGCACCUCCAGGAUCUGAGUCGCCACCUCGUCGUCAGAGCUUCAGCCCAUCAAGACCAGGAACACAAAGACUUCGUCUACAAUCUCCGCAGAAGCUCCGAGAACGUCUCAACACUGAGAAGCAGGCGGUCGAUGAGGUGGAUGCAUCUCUCAAGUCAGAGCUAUCCAAGAUUGGAGAAGAGAUGGCCCGCGUUAAUAGCACAAGGCCCCCAGGCUCACACUCUGUUGAUAUGCGACGAUUGGGUGCUGCCGUGAGACAGCUUGAAGACCGCAUCCCCAUGGCGGUUCAGGAACUACAGGAGAAGCACGAUGCGAUCCAGCACGACAUGGAAACCACGGUCAAGGCAGCCGAGGCCAAGGUGCGGGCCAUCGAUCAACUAUACAAGGAAGCAGUAGCGGAGAACGAAUUACUAUACGAAAAGUUCAACGGAGAGCUUGGCAAAAUUGUCAAGGCGCUCAAAGGCAAGGGCAAAGAGGAAAAGGAAGACCUGAUGGCACGGUUGCGAGACCAGAGCGAGGAGACGGCACGAAUGAAGAAGGAGAACGCGCGACUGAAGCGCGAGAUGGUGAGCCUACGCGCAGCGUUGAAGGGGACGACGGAGUAG